CAGCUUGUGCGUGCGGGUUCUGGUGAGAAAAAGGUGAAGGAGGAGGUCGCGCCGGCUCCGUGCGGAUGAAUGGCCUCGCUAUGGAAGAAGUGCCGGUUCCCCGAGUCCCCACGCGGCGGAGAAAGAGCCGCCGGCUGGCCGGGACGCCGUUCGAGGAUGAGUUCGACUGCAAGGAGCUGGAGAGUCUGUUUCAGAAGUACAACUUGAAGCUGGAGCAGACCGCCACGCUCAAAGCGCUGGCCGUGCUCAUCCUGGCCGCGUGCGCGCUGGCGCUGGUCGAGCUGCUGUCCGCCGGCACGCGCUUCACCCUGUCCACGGGCUCGCACCCGGUGCACUGCGUCAUCUUCACCUCGCUCUUUAUUGUCACCAAUGUAAAGUACCUGCAGGUCACGCAGCUGCAGCAGAUAGCCAGACUGGCUCUGCUGUUCAGUUUUACCUUUGCACUACUCUGCUGCCCGUUCCCGCUGGCGAUGGGAGCCGGACCGCAGCAGGGCGCACACGGACCCACCGCAUCCAGCGCGGCUGCACCUGAGCAAGGUGUGUGGCAGCUCAUGCUGGUCACCUUCGUCGCGUACUCCCUGCUGCCGGUACGGACUCUGCUAGCCGUAGUGUUUGGAAUCCUAGUUGCUGCGUCUCAUUUUAUCGUCACAGCCACGUCUGUAAGUGCCCACAGACCGCGCGCCUGGAGUCCGCUGGUGGCAAAUGCAGUGCUGCUGGUUGGUGUGAACCUUUCGGGUGUGUUUGUGCGGGUGCUUACUGAGCGUGCCCAGAGGAAGUCCUUUCUUCAGGCCAGGAACUGCAUCCAACAGCGCCUGCAGCUGGAGGACGAAAAUGAAAAACAGGAACGCCUCCUAAUGAGUCUGCUGCCCAGAAAUGUUGCCAUGGAGAUGAAGGAGGACUUCCUUAAGCCACCAGAAAGAAUCUUUCACAAAAUCUACAUCCAGCGUCACGACAAUGUCAGUAUUCUGUUUGCAGACAUUGUUGGCUUCACCAGUCUGGCUUCCCAGUGUACAGCCCAGGAGCUUGUCAAGCUGCUAAACGAACUAUUCGGAAAGUUUGACGAGCUCGCCACGGAGAACCACUGCAGAAGGAUAAAGAUCCUGGGGGAUUGUUAUUACUGUGUGUCUGGUCUGACCCAACCGAAAGCUGACCAUGCCCACUGCUGCGUUGAGAUGGGCCUGGACAUGAUUGACACCAUAACGUCAGUUGCAGAGGCCACGGAGGUGGAUCUGAACAUGCGUGUGGGUUUGCACACAGGUCGUGUUUUGUGUGGAGUUCUGGGAUUAAGGAAGUGGCAAUAUGAUGUCUGGUCGAAUGACGUAACACUGGCCAACAUGAUGGAGGCAGGAGGACUUCCUGGUAAGGUUCACAUCACCAAAGCAACUCUGGAAUGUCUGAAUGGAGAUUAUGAGGUGGAGCCGGGUUAUGGCCAUGAGAGACAUGCAUUCCUUAGCGAUCACGCCAUCGAGACCUUCUUCAUUGUCCCCUCUCAUAGACGCAAGAUCUUUCCUGGUUUAAUUCUCUCAGAUAUUAAGCCAGCAAAGAAGAUGAAGUUUAAGACCGUCUGCUACCUGCUUGUGCAGCUCAUGCACUGUAGAAAAAUGUUCAAGGCUGAAAUUCCUUUUUCCAACGUCAUGACCUGUGAAGAUGAUGACAAGAGGCGAGCUCUGCGAACAGCGUCAGAGAAACUGCGCAGCCAUACGUCAUUCUCCACUGGAGUUGUGCACAACUCACCUGGGACACGAGUCAACCGCUACAUUGGCCGUCUGAUCGAAGCUCGGGAAACUGAAUCGGAGAUGGCCGAUUUUAAUUACAUCACCCUGAUCUACCGGAAAAAAGAAAGAGAGAGAACAUAUCAGCAGAUGUACGACGAUGGCUUUAUCAGUGCUGUGGUGAUCUCUCUCCUCCUUACUUCAUUCUUUGCUCUCGUCUACUUUUUGAUAGUCCCUCAAGGUCUGGUGAUUGUUAUUCUUCUGGUUAUUUCUAUCUGUUUCCACAUGGCAAGCAUAAUGUAUCUUCACAUCACUCAUGUGCAGUGUUCUCCCGACUGUCUUACUCUGCAGAUCAGAACAGUUCUGUGUGGUUUUCUGGUGCUUCUGUCCUAUUCUGUGACCCAGGGCUGUGUGGUGGCAUGCAUGCCAUGGUCAUGGGAGGGCAACUCCAGCUUCUCCAUUAUAACGGUUGUCAUAGUGAACAGCACGGUGGCGGGUGUGGGAGUGUGCAAAUAUACCCCGUACAUGUUUUUAUCAUGUGUGAUGGCAUCGCUUCCUGUGGCCCUCUACCUGCGUGUGUCAUCACUACCCAAGAUUCUCUUGCUUUUCCUGCUCAACGUCUUCCAUACUGUCGUCAUGGAGACCAGCGGCUAUCGGCAGGCUGUGGGAGGAGGGUUCUUUCACACGCAAGGAUAUGAUCCUGUCCUGGCAAUGCUGCUUUUCUCGGGAGCGCUGGUACUCCACUGUAGACAACAAGACCUCAAACUCAGACUGGAUUACCUGUGGGUUACUCAGGCUGCAGAGGAAAGAGAUGACAUGGAAAGGGUGAAACUGGACAAUAAAAGGAUUUUGUUUAACUUGCUUCCUGCCCAUGUGGCCCAGCACUUUCUCCUGUCCAACCCACGCAACAUGGAUUUGUACUAUCAGUCCUACUCUCAGGUGGGCGUCCUAUUUGCCUCGAUCCCAAACUUUAAUGACUUUUACAUUGAGCUGGAUGGAAAUAACAUGGGUGUGGAGUGCUUGCGGCUCCUAAAUGAGAUCAUUGCAGACUUUGAUGCACUGCUGGAUAAGGAAUGCUAUAGGGACAUUGAGAAGAUCAAGACCAUUGGUAGCACUUACAUGGCAGCAGUGGGUCUUGUUCCGACAACUGGAUCCAAGGGCAAGAAAUCUAUUUCGGAACAUUUAUGCACAGUUGCCGACUUUGCCAUAGAGAUGUUUAAAGUUCUGGAUGCGAUAAACUACCAGUCAUAUAAUGACUUUGUGCUUCGAGUGGGUGUAAACGUGGGUCCAGUAGUUGCAGGGGUGAUUGGAGCUCGUAGGCCUCAGUAUGACAUCUGGGGAAAUACAGUCAACGUAGCCAGCAGAAUGGACAGCACUGGAGUGCAGGGCAAGAUUCAGGUAACCGAAGAUGUCUUCCGCCUACUGUCUGGCCAUUACCACUUCCAGUGCCGUGGCCAGGUCAGUGUGAAAGGCAAAGGUCAAAUGUUGACCUACUUCCUUGAGGGCUGGUCUCACGAAGGCCAUCUCCAAACCCGCUCCCAGAGCCUGGAGCGUCGAGCAAGCCCGUGCAUCCGGACCAAGCUGAGUCCAGCCCCCACCGUGAGCAGUUACGGUUCCAAGUCACAAAAUGUCCCCGCUGGUCCCACCUGCUCCAACAACAGCAUCCUCUACCUGCCCGCCGUCUCUGUGGACAUGGAGAUAGAGGUGUGACUGACUUUGCAGAUGCUUUCUGUGGAAACCAAUCUGUAGGUGGGAUAAAGGGGAGCGACAGACACGAAGGAGGACACAGACGGAGUUACAGAAAAAGUACGCUGACGUUGACUAAAAAUGCAAGAAAACAGACUGAGAGAAGAUACUUUUCUGUCUUUACUGUCCACUGACUGAAUGUAAUAUUUAAAUGAAAGCAUUGAAAUCUAUUAUAUAGAGAGUAUUUCUCCCCACAUGCAAACAUAAUAAGCAGGUUUGUCUAUUUGGAUGUGAGUGUAUGUUUGUGAGUGUGCUGGUGCAUGUGUGCGUUAUAAUGAGUCUUCCUCAGUCUAGCUAGAUAUCAGGGGCUCCUAAACAGGAGCAUGUGUUCUACAGUAAUGGCAGCUUCACACAAACGUUGUGCAUUUUUGUCUUCAAGAAAAUGAUGGAGAAUUAAUACCAUCCAGAGCACGCAUAAGCAGCGAGGAACAAACAUAUAGGAUCAAAACAGCGCUGUAUUUUAUGUCUGUAUGUCUCUGGGUGUACAAAUGAAAAAGACUAAGAAUGACAGGGAUGGACUUUAUGACAAUAUAGUACCAUGAUGAAAUCAGUCAAUGCACUUCGGCUAACAAGGUAACACUUUUUCAUUUUUGGGAGGUAUGUGAGAACACGAGACAAAUCACUGCCUUUGCUGUACAGUGCCGUAAAUGGAAUCUCUUGUAAUAUUUAAAGUGUUUGUUGUUGCCUUUUUGGGUGACUUAUCAAAAGGAAAACACAACUUAACUUUAACUUUUCUGGUUUAGAUCUUGCUGCUAAAGCUUAGGCGUAAGUCUACACUUCCUACUACUUUUUUGACCUUUCAAUGUGGAGAAAUGUCCUUGUCUUGGAUAUAGAUAAUUAAAUUGGAAUUGGACCCACUGCUACCCAGAAUAAGAUAAAGCAUUGGCAAAACAGACAAUGAAUAAAUGAAUGAUACUAAGAGCCAUAACAAGUCGGUCCAAAACCUUCAAGUAUUUAACUAGAUUGAAAUCUGGUGACUGAUAAGGUUAUAUCAUAUGCUGAACCUUAUUUUCUACUCAUCAAUCCAUUAAUUGACACAUUUAAUCCUUGUCCUGUGAAUGUGGCGUUGUUUCACCUACGGCUUAAUAAUGAUUAACUAUUUAACCAAUAACUGUCAAAAAAAAAAUCCUCAUUUUAUUAAUGCUGUCCAAAUGCUGUUAAAAGGUAAUUUGAAUACAUACCCAACUUCCAGACUGCUGAUUUGUAACUCACCCAAGUCACCCACCCUCAGUGUGCAUACGUCAGUUGCUUAUUUACAUACUCAUUCAAGAAAAAAGAGCCCUUUUUUGACCUUUCAAUGUGGAGAAAUGUCCUUGUCUUGGAUAUAGAUAAUCAAAUUAAGCAAGCAGAAUGAAUAGAACAACUGUAUUACACCUUGGCAUGCGUUUUACAUUACCCUAGUUGUACUGAAAAAAGAACACCAUUCUCCUAAAAAAAUUCUGUAAUUAAUGUUGAUGAUUCUAAGAGGGCGGACGGCACGGUGUCUCGGUGGGUAGCACUGUAGCGCUAGAAGGCAGCGGUAGCUUAGUGGUUAUUAAUCCAAAAAUUGCCAGUUCAAGCCUCACAGUUGCUAGAUUUCUACUGCUGGGCUCUUGAGCAAGGCCCUUGUUUCUCAAUUAAGGGCCUUGAAAUAUGUUCAGUCGUAAUUGUAUGUGUUUGGAUAAAAGCGUCUGAUAAAUGCCGUAAACAUAAACUUGUCACCUCACAGCAAGAAGGUCCUUGGUUCAAUUCCCAGGUGGAUCAGUCCAAGUCCUUUCUGUGUGGACUUCGCAUGUUUUUCCCAUGUCUGUGUGGGUUUCCUCCGGGUGCUCCGUCCAAAUACAUGUAGUCAGGUUCACUGGCACUACUAAAAUUGCCCUGACUGGGAAUGUUUGUGUUUGCCCUGUGAUGGAUUGGUGACCCCUCCAUGGUGUUUCCUACCUUUUGCCCAGUGAGUUGGAUCCACCGUUACCCUGAAAAUAAAUGGUAAAACAGACAAUUAAUAAAUAAAUGACUCUAAGAGUCGUACCAAGCCAAUCCAAAGUUGAAAUCUGGUGACUGUGAAGGUUAUAUCAUAUGCUGAACAUUAUUUUUCUACUUAAUUCAUUCAUUGACACAUUGACCCUUGUCCUGUGAAUGUGGCAUUGUUCCACCUACAGCUUAAUAAUGAAUAACCAUUUAACCAAUAACUGUCAGAAAAUCUUUAUUUGAUUAAUGCUGUCAAAACACUGUUAAAAAGUUAAUUUGUGCCGCUCAGGUGGCGCAGCGGUAAAAACACACACUCAUUUGGGAUUUUGCUGAUUUGUCCAUACGUCAGUUGACUAUUUACACACUCAUUUAGAAAAAGAGCUCUGCAGUUCUAAUCUGAACAGACAAAACACACUUUUAUGCAUAAAUAAUUUGUAAUUCAUGAACAACAGAACUAUUACGAAUUAAAGAGUGGCGUGUUAGACUCUGCACAAGUGGAUCUUAUGUAAAGUUAUUUUUUAACACAAAUGAUAUGAAUAUUUUGCUUCAUGUCCCAACAUAAAAAUAGAAAACUGAUUAUUAUCUUAUUUUAACCAUGCCAUACUUGUCAAAAAGAGCUUUCAGAUAACGACAGCAUCUCUAUUUUUAAACAGCAUGCAUAGUUAGUCAUUUUAAUGGACUAUUGGCUACUUAACACUGUUAUAUAUUAAAUAAAGCAGACUUGGCGAGACUUGAUGAUAUGAAGCUAAGUAAUGUACACUUUAAGCUUGUUGGUUAAUGGUUAACUGUCGACUAAUGAUGUUUGGUUAUCAGUUUAAAGAAAUUGGCAAAACUUGCAUCUCUAGUUCCAUUCCAUCAUAAUACCAUAUUGAUCUGCAACAUCCCUUAUCUAUAAUGGAAACCAUGUUCCCACAGCAUAACAGAGCCAAGCAUUCAGGUCUAUACUGUUUUCUGUGUGUAUGUUCUACACACACUGGGUUGUUUGAUUAGAAAAUGGUAAAGAAUGACUGGUAAAGAAUGGCUGCUGAAUUUUAUAAUCAGUACACCUGUUAGGAAGCAUCUGCAGUUGUUUAUGUUUUUCUUUCAUUUGUCCUAUAAAUUUCCAUGCAAUGAUGGUGUGUUCAAGGAACGUACUAACUGUUACUGGAAAACCUGUUUGACUAUUGGUUUACUGGUAAAAUUAUUUACUAGGCAUGAAACUAGAAAGUAGAAAGUACAAAAAUAGCUCAGCAGCCUACAUGGCAUAUUUUUUACUUUGUUUCCGAGUUUCUAAGUAGGCUAAUGCUCAGCUUGAUUCUAUUGCUGCUGGUGGCAAGGGGAUCCUUGUGCUUGUACAAGCCAUGCAAAUCAAACCUCCAUUCCAUUAAAAUGGCACAGUAAGGUUUUCUGGUUACUGGCACCUAAACAGGUUGUACUUUAUACAGUAUAUGGACAAAAUAAUAAGGUCAGUCUCUUGUAGAUUUUUAUUUUGUAUUUAUUUUUUUGCCGAACUCUUAUCAUAGCUUUGAUAUUUUUUCAAGUAUACCUAGGGAAUGCAGUUGGCUUUAAACUUGUGCAUGUCUCUCUUUGCAUGCCACAGUUCUACCUUGUCUGCUCUUUUUGCUAAGUGUUUCUCUAAUGCAUGACAUGCAAAAAAAAGAGUAAAACAUAAAUUUUACAAAAAUGUAAAAGUUUUUAGCUGCACUGCAUGAGCCAGAAAGAGUUGCCUUUUGUUCAUUUCUACUGUGUUUUUGGUUUAAAACCUUUAAGAACAACUUAUUUGUUUUCCAUGCAUGGUGCUGUGUUGGAGAAAGCUUGGAAGUAUUGUAGCAUUGUUGCCUUUUUUGGCUCUUGAGGUGACUGCCUUUUAUCCAGGGGUUGUUGGUGUGGGUGUAUUCCUUUGUGCCAACAUAUUUUGUGACCGACAUAUCAAAUCCAGUGUUAUAUUGUAGCACAAUUUUGUGAUAUUGUGUUUGAUUUAUGAUGGUGUUUUUUUUUAUGUAGACUUUAUAUGCACCAGGUCCAACAAGGGUAUAGUUCCUGUGAAACUUUGGGGUGAACUGUUUAGAUGUUGGGUGUCUUUUACUGGGAGUGUAAGAAAAAGACUUCUUUCAUUUCUGUUAUUGCUGGGUAAUAAGGCUAAAUAAAGCUUUCAUCUCUAGUGACACAAAAUGAAGCAUUUGAAGCUCAUAAUCAGAAAUAAAUAAAAAAAUGAUUUGCAGUGUUUCGAAUUAUACUCUCAGUUUAGUUGCACUCAGGGGCGUAACUACCGGGGUGGGGUUGGUGAACUGGGGCCCAUGAUUCUCCAUGACAUGAACUAAACCCCUCACUGCACUGCCCCCCUUCAUUGGCUGCACUCGCCAGGUUAUUAUUAUAGUACAAUAUUUUUGUUAAGUAAAAUAUUAAAAGUACCUGUAUAUAUAUAUAUAUAUGAGCUCCUAGUUACGCCACUGGCUGCACUGCUUAUAACCCAAGUAACAUCAAUUAUUUCAGAAAUAAUGACUGUUUAUUAAAUAUAGCCACUAAAAACCUAAUAUAAAGCUAUUUUUGAAAAAGAAAGUUGAAUUAUUAUUUAAAACCCAAAAUGAUUAUUUUAUAGCUAAGUAGUGCACAGAUUUUUCAGAUCAAACAAAUGUAGCCACACAAAGGUUCUAUUUUCUAUUUUUAAUCCGCAGUGGUCUAAUUUAGUGACAUUCUGAAUAUUCCAACUUUAAUAAUGCAUACAGCAUGCACAAUAAAACCAUAGACUAGAUUUUCAUUUUAAUUCGAUAUUUUCAUAUUUGAUACGGGUUAAAAUUAAUGUAAGAAACCUACUGCAGAGAAAAGUACAAUUAUU